AUGGCCUACAACUACAACAGUGGCUCCGGCCGCAACAACUACUACAACGUCGAUUACGACAGCCACGGCUCCUCCGGCUACAAGCCCGAGGUCCUGUUCGAGGAUGAGUUUGUCCCCGGCCAGGGCAAGCGCCUGUCCUGGAACGACAAGCUCUUCUUCGGUACUGGCUACAUGUAUCUGAUUGGUCUUGGUAUUGGUGGUACCUGGGGUGCUGUCGAGGGCUUCCGCUACGGCACCAGCCUUCCCCAGACUGGUCGCAGUCUCCUUGUUAAUGCCACCCUCAACGGCAUCACCCGUCGUGGGCCCUUCCUCGGCAACAACAUGGCCGUUGUUGGCUUCUCUUUUGCCGCCAUCGACACCAUGCUUGACUAUGCCACCGGCGAGCAGAGCCACACCAACCGCAUUAUCGCCGGUGGUCUGACUGGUCUCCUCCUGCGCUCCCUGUCCGGCCCGCGCGUCGCCCUCACCUCCGGCGCCAUUGGUCUUGCCCUUGGCACUGCCUUCACCUUCAUUCGCCCUGCCUUCGAGGAGACCUUCUACCGCCGCUAA